AUGAAAUCAACCUUUUUUCGUUCGUUUGAUCUUUCUGGUUGUUUUCAUUCAUCCAAUUCGUUUUGGCAGCAGCAUCAGCAGCAGAAAAAUAAUGAAUUAUUUGAAUUGCAAUUAAAAUUGACGAUUAUUAUAACCUUCAAAGUCACAAGAAAUAUUGUGAGACAUUCAAGACAUUUGAGGAGUAAUGAGUCGGUUGAGAAUAUUCUGGGAUUGCUGAUCUGA